AGAGAGAGAGAGAGAGAGAGAGAGAGAGAGAGAGAGAGAGAUGAAAAUCACUGCCCGGCCACAACAAGACAGACGGGCCACGCAUGAAUAACUUUUACGGCCGAGGCGACAUUGAAGUGCUGUCAUAUCUUGGGUGGAUACAGAGAGUGCCCGUGGUGCUGUUUAAAGAGCUACCCACAGCAUCUCUCCCGUGUUUUCCACGUAGGGAAGGAGGUGAACACUACCCGCCGCCAUUUUUUGGAAGUGACUGACUGGGAGUGGAGAGUUAGCUGUAAACUGGCCACAGCUGAUUUAACGUUAGUUUAUAUUCCCUGUGAGUCAUCACCUUCGACACUGUCAGCCCGGACGGCCUGGAUACUGAUUGCUGGUGUGGGCUAAGUUAGCCACAUUAGCACGCUGAGGAUUUCUCCUGGAGUCCAAUCAAACCUGGCCUGUUCGACGGGUCUCUAUGCGUACACUGCCUCCCUCUGGCAGAUGAGUAACCAGCGGGGCCUGGCGGCCAGAUAGUCCCCUGCGAGCGCGGCCCCGGCUCGCAGCAUGCCCUCCACCAGCAGGGCAGGGAGUCUGAAGGACCCCGAGAUCUCAGAUCUCUUCUUCAAGGAGGACCCCGAGAAGCUCUUCACAGACCUCCGUGAGAUCGGUCAUGGCAGUUUUGGCGCGGUCUACUUUGCACGGGAUGUGCGGACUUCAGAGGUGGUGGCCAUCAAGAAGAUGUCCUACAGUGGGAAACAGUCUAAUGAGAAAUGGCAGGAUAUCAUUAAGGAAGUCAAGUUCCUCCAGAGAAUACAACACCCAAACAGCAUAGAGUAUAAAGGAUGCUACUUGCGGGAACACACAGCAUGGCUUGCCAUGGAGUACUGUUUGGGCUCAGCCUCGGACCUCCUUGAAGUUCACAAGAAGCCCCUUCAGGAAAUUGAGAUUGCAGCAAUUACACAUGGUGCUUUGCAGGGCCUUGCAUACCUUCAUUCCCAUAACAUGAUUCACAGGGAUAUCAAAGCUGGGAACAUCCUACUGACCGAGCCUGGACAAGUCAAACUGGCAGAUUUUGGCUCUGCCUCCAUCGCCUCUCCAGCCAACUCUUUUGUAGGGACACCAUAUUGGAUGGCCCCUGAAGUGAUUUUAGCCAUGGACGAGGGACAGUAUGAUGGAAAGGUUGACAUCUGGUCUCUUGGGAUCACCUGCAUAGAACUAGCUGAAAGGAAGCCUCCUCUGUUUAACAUGAAUGCGAUGAGUGCCUUAUACCAUAUAGCGCAGAAUGAGAGUCCCACACUGCAGUCAAGUGAAUGGACGGAUUAUUUUAGAAAUUUUGUUGACUCUUGCCUUCAGAAAAUCCCUCAAGACCGACCACACUCUGAGGACCUGUUGCAGCAUGCAUUCGUCCUGCGAGAGAGGCCAGAAUCUGUUCUGAUGGAUUUAAUUUUGCGGACAAAAGAUGCAGUCCGAGAGCUGGACAACCUGCAGUAUCGGAAGAUGAAGAAGAUCCUCUUUCAAGAGUCCCACAAUGGGCCGACCACUGAGACCCAGGAGGGAGAUGAGGAGUCGGAGCACAAUCCUGGUCGCACGGGCACAGUGAGCAGUGUGGGCAGUAAUCAGUCCAUUCCCAGCAUGUCGAUCAGUGCGAGCUCUCAGAGCAGCUCAGUGAACAGCCUUCCUGAUGCUGCCGAUGACAAGAGCGAACUUGAUCUGGAGAAAGACCACACUGUUAUGUCUAACAGUUCAGUCAUACAUCUGAAGCCCGAAAGGGAGGAGGUUUACCCUGAGAAUCCUGAAACACAUCCUCGUCCCUCAGAAGCCCAGGCGCCACCUGCACAGCCCCCACAGCGCAAACACCAUCGCAACCCUGAGCACUUUGCCACCAUCCGCACAGCCUCACUGGUAACACGACAGAUGCAGGAACACGAGCAGGACUCUGAGCUGAGGGAGCAGAUGUCCGGUUACAAGCGCAUGAGACGGCAGCACCAGAAGCACCUGAUGGCCUUGGAGAACAAACUGAAAGCGGAGAUGGACGAACACAGGCUGAGACUGGACAAAGAGCUGGAGGCUCAGAGGAACAGCUUUGCCAGUGAGAUAGAGAAACUUGUGAAGAAAAACCAAGCAGCCAUUGAGAAAGAUACCAAGUCAUUUGCCAAUGAUGAGAAGAAAUUCCAACAGCACAUUCAAGCCCAGCAGAAGAAAGAGCUUAGUAGCUUCCUGGAGUCACAGAAACGAGAGUACAAGCUACGCAAGGAGCAACUGAAAGAGGAGCUGAAUGAGAACCAGUCCACCCCUAAGAAGGAGAAGCAGGAGUGGCUGUCGAAGCGGAAGGAGGACUUUCAGCACUACCAGGCAGAAGAGGAAGCCAACCUUCUCCGCCGACAGCGCCAGUACCUGGAGCUUGAAUGUCGCCGCUUUAAACGCAGAAUCCUCAUUGCAAAACACAAUGUAGAGCAAGACCUUGUGCGGGAGGAGCUUAACAAGCGACAGACGCAGAAAGAUCUGGAACACGCCAUGCUGCUCCGCCAACACGAGUCGAUGCAGGAGCUGGAGGUGAGGCAGCUGGGCACCAUCCAGAAGAUGCGUUCAGAGCUGACCCGCUUGCAGCAUCAGACUGAGCUCACCAACCAGCUAGAGUACAACAAACGCAGAGAGCGAGAGCUGCGCCGCAAACACGUCAUGGAGGUCCGGCAGCAGCCCAAGAGCCUUAAGUCUAAAGAAAUGCAGAUCAAGAAGCAGUUCCAGGACACGUGUAAGAUCCAGACACGCCAGUAUAAAGCCCUGCGCAACCACCUCCUGGAAACGACACCCAAGGCCGACCAUAAGGCUGUGCUGAAGAGGCUGAAGGAGGAGCAGACACGGAAGUUAGCCAUCCUCGCUGAGCAGUAUGACCAUUCCAUCAAUGACAUGCUCUCCACACAAGCUCUGCGAUUGGACGAGGCACAGGAGGCCGAAUGUCAGGUGCUAAAGAUGCAGCUGCAGCAGGAGCUGGAGUUGCUAAAUGCCUAUCAGAGCAAGAUCAAAAUGCAGACGGACUCACAGCACGAUCGUGAGAGAAAAGAGCUGGAGCAGAGGGUUUCGCUGAGGAGGGCUCUUCUUGAACAGAAGAUCGAAGAGGAGAUGGUCGCCCUGCAGAACGAGCGAUCGGAACGAAUCCGCAGUCUGUUCGAGAAGCAGGCCCGGGAGAUCGAGGCGUUCGACUCUGAAAGCAUGCGUCUGGGCUUCAGCAACAUGGUGCUCUCCAGCCUGGCUUCGUCCGACGGACACAGCCACAGCUUUCCCGGGGCCCAGAGUAGCUGGGGCUCUCAGCACGGCGCAGGCUCUCAGGGGUCACACUGGGGAGGGCAACAGCACGGCCAACACCCAAGCCACGGCGGCUCCAUCCAGCAGCCCUGGGGUCACGGCCUGUCUUCAGGGGGGCCGCCUCCCUGGGGCCACCACGGGUCUGGAGGCAGUCAGCGCUCGAGUGGGGGAAGCAGUGGGCUACGGAACAGUCCCCAGGCAGUACGGCGGGCCACCUCAGGGGGCCGCAGUGAGCAGGGGAUGAGCAGGAGUGCCAGCAUCGCCUCUCAGAUUUCCAAUGGCUCGCACCUGUCCUACACGUAAGAUCCCCCCGCUGCUCUCCCACAACACCUGUCUUGGCCUAAAAUGCCAUAGGGGACGGGAUAAAGGGGCACCGUGGUCUUAUUUUCUUUCUUUUUUAACACCCAUUCCUCGGAAUACAGAUUUUAUACACACGGCAAGCACAAGACGCAUUCACUGUAAGUUCCAGUUAGAGAACGUCCGAAUAAUUCUGGGCCGUUUUAUCAAACUUCAGCUAGAAGUCAUUUUUUGCAGUGAUGCCAUGUGCGUUUUAGAGAGUGUUAGUGAUGGUAAGAAUGAAUAAAUGAAUGCUGCGCGUCGUAUGCAGUGGGUUUUUAAUCACGGUCUUAUUAGCGGGUUGUUUCGGCCGAAGAGUGGGAGUCGAAUGCGUAUGAAUCCAAAAGGAAACGAGAUAGGAAUAGGUUGGAUAGCAGAAUGUGAAAGAAUCAAGCUUUACAUUGCACUUGAUUUUUUUUUGUCUCGCGUGUUCUUUUAUAAAGCACUAAUGUUUUAAUGUGUUGUUAAACCGUAUGCUAUUUUGUGCCAGAACAAAUUUUAACUAUGAAAAGAUACUGUGAAAUUCCAAGAUUUUGCUAGGAGUAUUAUUGGAUUAUCGUGAUUUUACCAUGCCAUUUUGCGUUUGGAAAACUCUGUGUAACCGGUUUGGUCCAUUUCUAUAUGCCAAAGGGAUAUACAGUGGUUAUAAGGUAGGUGUGCAAAAUGACUACAUUUAAGUGAGGGUGUCUUGGACUGAAUAUAACAGGGUUUGCUAUGUGAAUGUACAUAAGCAUUAAAGCAUGUUGGCGAGGUAGAUCUUCACUUCUGGAUCCCGGUGUGACAAAAGUAAGCUGUAGUCGGAAGUAUAUUAAUGUUCGUUUUAGUCUUUUGAUUUAGUGAUGCCAAAGGUAACAACUAUGCAAAAGGAGAAUAGCCUGUCUUCUUAACAUCCCAGAAAAGCACUUUACCAUCCCUUUUUAGUCUUAGUUGAUCACUACAACCAUACACGAGCAGAUCUCCUGGACCUCGGGUGCCCCCUCCUCCCCUUUCUCAGGCUGGGUUUUACAAGAGCGUGUUGUGUGGAUUUUAAGGGUGGGGAGGUCUAGGUUGGGUAGGCUUUGAGACCGCUGAAUGUUUUUGCUGGGCGCCGCUGCUGUCGUCCCUGCAAUGCCUUGGUUUCUUCCAUGCCCACCCCAGAGCUCCAGUGACUGCUGCCCACCCUCCAACCGAACACUUAUCCACGGCAUGUAGAAAAACAAAAAGUGAUGCAAUGAAAAACAAGGUUAGAUAGCAUACAAAACAUUAUGGUGGAAGACAGCUUUAAGUGAGAUGUAUAGGAAAACAUUUGUGUAUAUUGUAUAUUUAGAAAUUUAAAUAAAUGGAAAUCAAGGGAGACCCAAGUUAAAACUAGACUCAAAUUUAAUUGCUUGAAUGUGAAGAUAAAAUAAAAUAAAAAAACUUGGUUUCUAAUAUUGAUUAUUUAAAAAGAGAACAAAUUAUAUAUAUAUAUAUAUACACACAUUACAGAGGUGUCAAGCGAAGCCAAAAAAUAUUUUAUUUUCCCUUAGAUUCACACAGAGGAUACCACUCUUUAUAUGGAUUUUGCCAUCGUCCUCUCUUUGCUUCUUUCAAAGGUAUGAAUUACCAUAUUCACUCGUGCCAGUACUCAUAUUCUGUGAACUUUAAUAUUCUGAAACAUAAACGCCAUGGGUCAAAAAACGAGAAACAUUUUCAACUGCCAGGUCUACGAUAUUUAUCAAUUCUCAACACUAUUUUUGGCACACUUCUGGUAUAUGCAUGAGAUUGCAGAUUACAUGAAGUUGCGGACUAACUAAACCAACUGAGCCAAUGCAUAGCCAAUCCUAAAGAUUUGGGCCAAGUGUAACAAAUUAACAUGAGAUUAUAUAUAACAUGCCAAUCAUCUAAUCACAUUCAGUACUCUAAUGGAGCAGCCACAAGGAACAGCCAUUGACUCAAAAUGUGAUUGUGUUUACUCUUGCAAACAGAGUCCAAAGGAGAGCAGUGUUUUAAUGAGCCUUUGAAAAAGUGUGAAACCAACAGGAUAAAUAAUAAAGGAUGGUGGAACAUCUCUGUACAGUGUGUUUACCAGUAUUUCAACCAUUUUCUUUUGACGGUCAUCCUCUCAUUUUUCCGGCUUUCAACAUUACCAUAGCAAUCCAUAUAUAACCUGUAUUAAAAUGUAUAGAUUGUGCGAAACUGAAUGUUGGCGAGAUUACAAAAAAAACACAAGUGAAUUAAAGUAUACAAAAAUUAUGAAAACUUAAGGGGACAAAUGUCAUGUUUUGUUUGUAAAAACUCCUUUUGUUGGCAGGGGGCUACUGGACAAAUAAAUCAACUGUAAUAAAGUAAUUUUAGUAUA